AUGUCGCAAAGGGAGGAGUUUCGGUGGAUGAUGCUGAGGAUCAAACGAAUGGCCGAGCCUUGGAUCAGCGCCACACGGUCCCUGGUACAGAAGCAGAACCUGAAACAUCGACGCCGAAAGAAGGUCCUGGUCCACUUGGGGCUCCUGACCAAAGAGUCGGGUUUUAAGAUCGCGGAGAACGCCUUCAGCGGGGGUCCCCUGGGGGAGCUGGUGCAGUGGAGCGACCUCAUCACUACACUCUACCUGCUGGGUCACGACGUCCGCAUCUCUGCCUCCAUCGCCGAGCUCAAAGAGAUCAUGCGUAAGGUGAUGGGGAACAAGUCCACGUGUCCCACACAAGGAGACAAAAUCGUGGAGCUCAUCUACAUCGACAUCGUGGGACUCACUCAGUUCAAGAAGACGCUGGGACCGUCCUGGGUCCACUACCAGUGCAUGCUGCGGGUCCUGGACUCGUUUGGGACCGAACCUGAGUUUAACCACGCCCACUACGCCCAGUCCAAAGGCCACAAGACGCCCUGGGGCAAGUGGAACCUCAACCCCCAACAGUUCAACACCAUGUUCCUUAAUGGAAAAUCAUCUCCGGGAUUAAAGUAA